AAAACAAAAAAAGACCUUCCCAUGAGAGGUUCCUACCCUAUGCCCUGCCCUGGGGGAAGGAAUGCUGACGUCAAGAAGCUUCUAUAAAAACCCAAGAGGACAGGGUUCAGUGAGCUUUCUGAUAGCUUAACAGGAGGAGGUUCCUGGAGGGUUGCACAACCAGGAAGGGCAUGGAAGCUCUGCAUCCUUUCUCCCACACCUUGCUCUACACAUCUCUUCAUCUGUAUCCUCUGCAGCAUCCUUUAUAAUAAACCAGUAAACAUCUGGGAAAAGCCUACCAAGGGAAGAGGCAUUAAUAUCGAUUCUCUGGAGAUGCCUGUUUUCUCCACCAAAGAUGGCUUUGCAGUCGGAAGGGCCGUCUGGCAGCCUUUUCCAAAUAUGUUAAAGAAAUGUAUUUUGGGAUGAGUUUUGAUCAUCCUGAGAAAAAUGGGCCUUGGCCUCCAGACCCAAUAAAUCUUCCCUCCCAUGGAGAAUAGUGCUAAUUCCUGAGGACCUGAAGGGCCUGCAGCCCCUGGGGGAUUAACCAGAAGCAGGCUUGUUUUCCUGCUCAGAACAAAGUGGCUUCCCUGAACACAUCUUCAUUAUGAUUCACACCAACUUGAAGAAGAAGUUCAGCUGCUGUGUCCUGAUCUUUCUUCUGUUUGCAGUCAUCUGUGUGUGGAAGGAAAAGAAGAAAGGGAGUUACUAUGAUUCCUUUAAAUUGCAAACCAAGGAAUUCCAGGUGUUGAAGAGUCUGGGGAAAUUGGCCAUGGGGUCUGAUUCCCAGUCUGUAUCCUCAAGCAACACCCAGGACCCCCACAGGGGCCGCCAGGCCCUCGGCAGUCUCAGAGACAUACCCAAGGCCAAACCAGAGGCCUUCUUCCAGGUGUGGAACAAGGACAGCUCUUCCAAAAACCUUAUCCCUAGGCUGCAAAAGAUCUGGAAGAAUUACCUAAGCAUGAACAAGUACAAAGUGUCCUACAAGGGGCCAGGACCAGGCAUCAAGUUUAGUGCAGAGGCCCUGCGCUGCCACCUCCGGGACCACGUGAAUGUAUCCAUGGUAGAGGCCACAGAUUUUCCCUUCAAUACCUCUGAAUGGGAGGGUUAUCUGCCCAAGGACAAUAUUAGGACCAAGGCUGGGACUUGGGGCAGGUGUGCUGUUGUGUCAUCAGCGGGAUCUCUGAAGUCCUCCCAACUAGGCAGAGAAAUCGAUGAUCAUGACGCAGUCCUGAGGUUCAAUGGGGCACCCACAGCCAACUUCCAGCAAGAUGUGGGCACAAAAACUACCAUUCGCCUGAUGAACUCUCAGUUGGUUACCACAGAGAAGCGCUUCCUCAAAGACAGUUUGUACAAUGAAGGAAUCCUAAUCGUAUGGGACCCAUCUGUAUACCAUUCAGAUAUCCCAAAGUGGUACCAGAAUCCGGAUUAUAAUUUCUUUAAUAACUACAAGAGUUAUCGUAAGCUGCACCCCAAUCAGCCCUUUUACAUCCUCAAGCCCCAGAUGCCUUGGGAGCUGUGGGACAUUCUUCAAGAAAUCUCCCCAGAAGAGAUUCAGCCAAACCCCCCAUCCUCUGGGAUGCUUGGUAUCAUCAUCAUGAUGACCCUGUGUGACCAGGUGGAUAUUUAUGAGUUCCUCCCAUCCAAGCGCAAGACCGACGUGUGCUACUACUACCAGAAGUUCUUCGAUAGUGCCUGCACGAUGGGCGCCUACCACCCACUGCUCUAUGAGAAGAAUUUGGUGAAGCAUCUCAACCAGGGCACAGAUGAGGACAUCUACCUGCUUGGAAAAGCCACACUGCCUGGCUUCCGGACCAUUCACUGCUAAGCACAGGCCCUUCACUCUUCUCCAUCAGGCAUUAAAUGGAUGGUCUCUUGGCCACCCCAGCCUGGGAAGAACAUUUUCCUGAGCAAUUCCAGCCUGUUCCUUUUCCUCUAGGGGCCUCUGUCAGCAAGAGCACUGGGGCUUCAGGAGCCUGUGGUCAAGAAAUCAGGUCCAGCCUUCUCUGUAGCCAGGCAGUUUAUGAGCCCAGAGCUUCCCGCCACACACAUGCACACAUGUCUAGCAUUCUUUCCAGACAGCAUCCUCCCCACCUUCCACCGUGGUAGAUGCAAGAUCUGCCUCCCCCAUCAGGGCUGCCAAAGCUGGGCUUUGUUUCUCCCAACAGAAUGAUGCCAUUCUCACAAACCAAAGCUCUAUAUUGCUUGAAGUCUGCAUCUAAAUAUUGAUUUCAUGUUUUAAAGAAAUUCUCCCAAAUUACAAUUGUGCCCAAUGGAGGGUGGCUCUGCGGGGCAAGUAGGUGGUACAGGGGAUUGGAAACAUGCUCCACGCAUCCAGAAAAAAGUUGCUUCCGAGGUCCAUGCCCCCUGGAACAUGUUCCUAUCACUCUGGCUGGUUAGGCUGGGGCUUGGUUAGCCCACUCUCCCUCUCCAUGUGGAG